AAUCUGCUCUAGCGCCAUCUGCGACAAGAAUGCGUCGAGUUGUGAAUUUAUUCUGCUGGAGCAUCGAGAGAAAUGUAAAUGUCGAUUGAACGUCUGAAAACAAAAUAUAUGAUUCAUCCAUGAACUUCUUCAGCAAAAAAACCAAGAAAUAUGGAAGGGAAAUGGAGUGUUGGAGAUAAGUGUAUGGCGCCAUACUCUGGUGAUAGCUCCCUCUAUAAAGCUGUAAUUCUAAAACUUGAAGAAGAUGGGGAAGGAUGCAAGAUGGCCGAGGUCCAGUACAAAGGCUUUUCAUCAGAAGAUAAUGAACUUGUCUACGUAGAGGACCUAAAGGACAUAACACGAUCAAAAAAACUCAAUAAGAAAGAUGAUGGCCAGGCUGUUAGCUUUGAGAGUCCACUUCUCAAUUACAUCUCCGAAGAGGAUAGAAUUAGGGCUCAAUAUGCCGACAUGUAUGAUGACCCUAGACCAGUAAGUAGGCCAACAUCCUCAGCAUCUACCAAGAAGUGCACUCCUCCCAAAGGGUCAAAGGUCGCUGGUGUAGGGAGGAAACGCAAGGGUGCAAUCGCCUUUGGGGGUGCUGUCAAAGCUUCAUCUAAAAGUGUUGUUGAUAAAGCAAGGAAACCAAGUCAGCCGGUUGAAGAAUCUUCUAAUAUUGACAGGAAAUCCAGGGACGAGUGGAACAUUGCUGAUUUAGAAGAAGGUUUCAGUGCAACUGAUGUUGAGAAGCCCAACUUUCCUGGGAAAUCUGAUACCAGCUCCAAAGAAUCUUUGACUCUUUCCAGCCCUGGCAGGAGACCUGUAAUACAGGUCCCAGGCACCAUUAAUAGAUACUUGAGAGAGUACCAGAGAGAAGGGAUUAAAUUUCUCUUCGGCCAUUACAAGAACGACCGUGGAGCCAUCCUAGGAGAUGACAUGGGCCUGGGAAAAACUGUCCAGGUGAUUGCAUUUAUUGCAGCUGUCCUUGGCAUGACUGGAGGUCGAGAGGACUUGGAGAGAAGAUUACCAGAAUUUCUGCAGAGAGAGUCUCCACAGAAAUCUAGUUCAAAGACGAAGACUUUUCUCAUCAUCUGCCCGAACUCUGUGCUCUACAACUGGAUGGAUGAGUUUGAAACAUGGACCCAUUGCCUCGUAGCGAGAUACCAUGGGAAGGAGAGAGAGGAUACACUCAGGAAGGCUAGAAGAGGAAGACUAGAUGCAGUAUUGACAACAUAUGAAACAUACAGACUCUACUUGGACGACCUGCUAACAGUAUCUUGGGAUGCUGUUUUUGUUGAUGAAGUUCACAAAAUCAAGGAGCCAAGUGCCCUCAUCACACAGGCUCUUAAGGAGAUUAGUACCAAUAAGAGGUAUGGUCUAACAGGGACUGCUCUACAGAACAAGAUGGGAGAACUGUGGUGUGUUCUCGACUGGGCUAACCCAGAUUGUUUAGGAGGAUGGAGAGAAUUCAAACAGGAGUAUGAACAGGUCAUCACAACGGGACAAAAAUACAAUGCAAGCAAGAGAGAAUUGGCUGAUGCAAGACAAGUGGCUAAGAAAUUUGCAGCGCUGAGAUCGAAGUGGAUGAUCAGGAGGACAAAAUCUCUCAUCGCUCACCAGCUACCAACUAAAGAUGAGAACGUAGUGUUCUGUAAGCUGAGCUCUUUCCAGCUUGAUGUGUACAGAGCUCUCCUGGAAUCGGAUGACAUGAAGCUGGUACUGGAACAGAAAAACCCUUGUGACUGCAGAAGUGGGCUCAAGAGAGGCCGCUGUUGUUACAAGCAAAACGAUCGCAGGGAGGGCAUCAAAUCACUGACCUUUGGCCUCAUGAGUCUGUUGAUCAAGGUAUCCAAUCACAUCUCUCUUCUCAUGCCCGAUGCGUCCAAGUCCAAGAAGCAGAGGGAGAAGUCGCUCCGUUACUGUGAGAUAGCGUUUGCCAAGCAGCCGCAGUUUGUGGAGCUGAGUAGAGAGGCCAGGUUUGCCACGCUGUCUGAUCCAACAUACUGUGGCAAAAUGCAGGUACUGGAGAAACUUCUGAGAGUUUUCAAAAGAGAAAAUAACAAAGUCUUGUUAUUUUCAAGCUAUACCCAGUUGUUGGAUAUUUUGGAGAUGUUCAUGAAGACGACCUUUUAUACAUACCGAAGAUUGGAUGGGAAGACUCCAGUUCAGGAUAGACAGAAGUUUGUCCAUGAAUUCAACAAAGAUCCAGAUAUAUUCCUCUUCCUCAUCUCAACUAAGGCUGGAGGCAUAGGACUGAACCUGACGGGUGCCAAUGUCGUUGUGAUCUUUGACCCCAACUGGAAUCCGACCCACGACCUGCAGGCCCAGGACAGAGCCUACCGCAUCGGUCAGCAUCGUGAUGUCAAGGUCUAUCGGCUCAUCUCAAGGGGAUCCAUUGAAGAGAACAUGUACCUUAGGCAGGUGUAUAAACAGCAACUGGCGAGUGUUGCUAUGACGACAGAGAAUGCCAAGCGAUACUUCACAGCCGUAGCAGGGGACAAGGAGCAGCAGGGAGAGAUCUUUGGUCUUCAGAAUCUCUUUGCCCUCAGAGCCGAUGGGUCAUGUCUAACCAAGGACGUUAUCCAGAGAGAGGAAAAGACUGAGCUUGGUAUCUCCAUGGCUAAAUACAAACCACAGACAUCAGUCGAUGAAUCUCCAGAUGAUCCGCUGGAUGAGCUUCUUCAGGAGGAUGUUCACAUUGAUGUGUACAAAGAUUCUGGAGAGGAAGAAGAUGAUGAGGAUGAUGAUGUCCAUGGAAUGGCUUCUCAGCUACUGGAGGACGAUGAUGAGGGUGAAGACGAUAUCGCUUCCGACAGCAAUUCUGACGUGCAGAAUGAAGACAGUAGGGAGGAUUCCAAGAAAAUCUUUCCAAAGACAUCCAAGACAAAGUCAUCACAUCGAAUAUCUCACAGAAAGGCAGGUAAUCAUGACAAUGAUGAUGAUGGAGGAGCUGGAUGGAGGGACCAACUGAGAAAACUCACCCGCGGGAAAGCAAUUCUAGGAAAGGACGGGCAACCUGUUCGGAAGGUCAAGGGUCAAUGCAGUAAGAGCACUGACAGUAGAUCAAGGACAACUGCCGGAGAUGAUGAUGUUGGAGGAGAUUACUUUGAUGAUGAUGAUGAUGAAGAAGAAGAAAGAGGAGAGUCCAAGAGAGGACAAAGAGGGAGGCAAGAGGAAAGAGGGACAGCAAGAAAGAGGAGAAUUGUGAGGAUAGAUAGCGGUAACAUCAAAACUGCAGAGGAUGUAUUUAAGAAGUGUGGUGUGGAGUAUGUCCAUUCUAAUCAGAAGGUGGUUGGAGGAAGUCAUGUUGAGGAUCAUGUCAGCAAGGUGGCUCAACGUGAUGUCUUUGAGAUUGGACAAUUCAGCCAGGAACCUGCCUACUGUCAAGUGCCAACGCUAGAUGUGGAAAGUAUCACAAGGAACCAAAAGCCGAAACCGGCUACCCGCAGGAUGAGCUCCUUGUCCCGGAUGCAAUCAUCCUCUACUAGCCAUCGAUUAGGUGAUACCACUUUACUUGUCGGGCAAACCCCAAUAGGAAUAAGAAGAGAUCAGUUUGCUGACAUGGCUUCAGUGCUGGACUUCAAGAACCCUUCGGCUUUAGCAAGUCACAUCCAAGGACUCUCUGACGAGGGAUGCCUGCACCUCCUUCUGUCGUACAACAAAUCCAAGUAUGGUGUGGACUUUGAUGAGUUUGUUAAACUACCAACCCAACCAAGUGAGAGCCGCAAGGCAUUAGAAGACAGCAAAGCUGGAAAAGAAGGAGCCAAAAGGUCAAGUCUUUCAUCGACUAGGAGCAGAGGUCGAGGAAAAGUGAGGAGGGACACUGAAGCAAAGAGAUCAGAAGUAGCACGUGGACGUGGCAGGAAGGCUGCGGUCGGACUUGAAUUCGAAAGCAGAUCGAGUGAUGAUAGCUUUAACCUUGAUAGUGAUGAUAUAGAAGUUGUACAUCCACCCGUUAAGAAGAGAAAUAGUAGAACUAAACCUGCAACAUCGGGAAGAGGGAAGGAGAGGAGAAGGGGGAGAAGGAUUGGCGGGAUGAUGAGCCAUGAAGUCUAUCAAGAACUGUUUGAUGAUGACUCCCUGGAUGAGUUUGGUGUAGGGUAUGAUGAUUUGAAGGUCGAUGACAAAUCCAGUAAGGCCUAUGCCUCUGAUCAAGGAUCCAAGGUUUCGAGAAAGGCAGUGAGAUUAUCGCCUGAAGACAAGAAAAAAAUAAAUGAGAGAGUUGAAUCAAAUCAACAAAGUGCAACACAGGAAAGCUCAAAGGACAGUUCUUUGUCAACAUCAUAUCCAAAGAGACAAGAGAACCUGUCUUUCUUGGAUGAUAUCUUUCUUUCCGAUGCCCAGAAGCCACGCAGGAGGCCACCUCCAAAGAAGCAUGCUGCCAAGCGUGCCACAGCCAUGAGCGAAUUGGACUAUAUGUUUGAAGCAGAGAGCAUUACAGACGACAGCCGUGAUCCUUACACGAAGGUAUCCAAGGUGAAAGGUCCUGAUGGUUACACAACUCCAGGAGCACCGGUCGCCGCCCAACCGCGAGUGACCUUUGACACAGAUGUCAUCAUGGAAACGGUGCCAGUGGACGAUAAUGAUGGGGACCUUUGGAAGCGCAAUGAAACAUUCUUGCCUCGCCAAACAUAUUUUGAAGAAUCUGAAGAGAGUGAGGAUAGUCAGUCCCUGUUUGCAAUCAAUCCCAAAUUUAAGAGCGGAUCUGGAGCAAUCACAUGAAUUUAUAUUCCUUAUAGGGUUAUAAAGCAGAGAUCUGGUGGUGCGUUACCUUCAUAUCCUUGAAUUAAAUCCUGUAUAGUGAUUAGCAUUUUGUGACCAAAGGUAUUCUCACUCUGAUGUUGAAAAUUAAAUGCCCAGAGGAUUGCUGUUGACCUAUUUUAAAGCUCAAUUAUUAUGUGAAUUAAAAUGAAUUUAGGUCAUGUAUUCCUAUAGUUUUGUGGGUUGCCAUAAAAAUAUUGCUGCCAGAAAUGCGACUGUUGGCUAAUUGUCAAAAGCUAAAUGGAUUUUCUACUAAGAACACAUUAAUUGCAAUAACCUUCACGAAUUAUGGUGAAUUUCACCAACUUCAUGCCAAUGGUACACUGGAGAAUAAGGUCAUGUUUUGAUAAGUCUCUGGGGAAAAAAUUAAAGGUAACAUUAGAUUCCAAUUUGUCUCAAAAUUCUUAGAUGCAGGGGAUUUGUCUUUUCGCAUCAAUUCGUUUUUCAGAUUUGACAAAAUGUAUUUUAUGGGCAAGGUUGGAUUGGCCAUUAAUUUAAAAAUGACAUCAAAUCGAAUUAAUAUACAUGAAUUUAGUGGUAAGUGGAACUCAAAUGCAAUAGAUGAACUUAGUGCAAUCUCAAUAUGAUGUUGCUGAGGAAUAUUCCAUAAAGCUGUUUAUAAAAUUAUGAAUGACUUUGUGAAUGACUGGAACAUGAUGUACCAAUGUUUUAGCUUAAAAUUGUACUUUCUGAUGUUUGGAGAAAAUAUGCAAGUCAAUUUCUUAUCAUCUCAUUUACAUUGUGUGAUAUACUCAAAUUUUUACUAUGAAAUUAUUAUAUUAUAAUAUCAAUAAGCAUCAGCUCAAUUUAGCUUUUGCGGAUGAUAGAGAAUUCCACCUGUCUUGCCAAAGAUUCAAGCCGUUCAAUUGAACAACAAUUUAUGAGCAGCCUGUCACCAGUACAUAUUUGAAGGAAAUAUUUAUCUUGCCUGACUUUUUACAUUAAGGAAUAGAGUUGAAUCUCUGACUCUGUAAGCAUUUUCAAUAUUUGGAACGUGAUUAUAUUUCAUUUAACUUUAUCAUGUAUUCAUAUCAUGUAAUACUACAUUCAUGUUAUAUUGAGAACAUGGUAAACUCUGGGUAUAGUCAAUCAUCCAUGAUUUGAUUUAUCGCCUUAUUUUUUAUGGCAGAACUUGCAAAACGUGUGAAUAACAUCUUGUAAGUCAAAUUUCACAGGUUUUCAAGUCAAUAGGGUUUCUGUAGUCCAAAGGGAUAUAUGCCUCAGGCAGUCAGCUACAUGUAUGUAUGUGACGCAGUCAGAGUUUGCAGGCAUUCAAACUAAAAUGAUCAUUCUCACAUGGUUUGAUGUGCUAGGAUUGGAUUAUCAUUAAGAGUACUUCAGAAGUUAAAGGGGAAGUUCACCCUUAUCAAAAGUGUUUGGUAAAAAUGGUAGAAAAAUAUUGCUGAAGGUUUGAGAAAAAUCUAUCAAAGAAUGAACAAGUUUCUAGAAUUUUAAUUAUUUAA